AUGAGCGGGGCGGCGCUUGGCGUGGAGAUGGUGGUGGUCUUUUUCCUGGCCCUUUUCCUACUGCAUCGCUACGGAGACUUCGGCAAGCAGCAGCGCAUGGUUCUUUUCGGGACGCUGCUGGCCUGGUACCUCUGCUUCCUCAUUGUCUUCACCCUGCCGCUGGACGUCACCACGACUAUCUAUAAGCAGUGCAAGAAGGACCACGGCGCGGGCUCGCUCCCUUCCAACGGGACGCCAGGGAAUGAUUCAGCUGCGCCCUCAGCGAGGUGUUUGCCCUGGACGGCUCGGCUGCGAAGGCACAGGCGCCUAACAACACUUUCUCCCCGCAGCGCACGGAAUCCCUGUCAAGAGCCGUGGAGCAACAUCCCGGACGGCGUCAUGCCCGUGUACUGGCGGGUGGUCUACUGGACAUCGCAGUGCCUCACCUGGUUGCUGCUGCCGUUCAUGCAGUCGUACGCUCGCUCUGGCGCUUUCUCCAUCACCGGGAAGGUCCAGACGGCCCUCAUCGAGAACGCCAUCUACUACGGGACCUACCUGCUCAUCUUCGGCUCGCUGCUCAUCUACGUGGCCGUCCACCCUGAGUGGCGCCUGUCCUGGUCCGAGCUGCAGACAGUAGGCAUCACGGCGGCCAACACUUGGGGUUUGUUCCUGCUGGUCCUGCUACUGGGCUAUGGUUUGGUGGAAAUCCCACGCUCUUACUGGAAUGCCUCCAGGCACGGACACAUGCUCCUCAAGACCUACUUCAAGGCCUCCAAGCUUAUGACGGAAAAAGCGGACGCUGAGGAGAACCUGGAGGACGUCAUGGAGGAAGUGAGGAAGGUGAGCGAGGCCAUCAAGUACAACCACCCGCUACGCAAGUGCAUCGACACCAUCCUGAGAAAAUGCCCUACGGACUACCAGGACAAGAUGGGCCGCAACAUGGACGAUUACGAGGACUUUGAGGACCGGCAGACCUUCCCCGGCGAGAAGAGUCUGGUCAAGCUUCACAAACAGGUGAUCUACGCCGUUCAGCGCCACAAUCGCACGCGCGUGCAGUGGCACAUGCUCCUGCAGGAAGCCUUCCACCUGGAGGACGUGGCCAAGAACGAGAGCAGCUCCGCGCGACGCUUCGUGCGCAGCUUUCCCCCCCCGCGACCUCCGGGAUGGAUCUGCCGAACGCUCUACACGCCCGCCGUGGAGUGGUACUGGGAGUGUGCGCUGAAGCGCGUGUUCUACCGCGUGCUGGCCGUGGCGCUGGCCCUGCUGAGCGUCGCUGUGGUCUGGUCCGAGUGCACCUUCUUCAGCACCAAACCCGUCCUCUCGCUCUUCGCCGUCUUCGUCCGGCUGGCCGAGCGCAGCUACAGCUACGUCUAUAUACAGGUGGCGUGCUUCGUCACCAUCUUUUUCCUGUGCACGUGCGUGUACUCCACCGUCUUUCGCAUCCGCGUCUUCAACUUCUACUACCUGGCGCCGCACCACCAAACGGACGCAUACAGCCUGCAGUUCAGCGGCAUGCUCUUCUGCCGCCUGACGCCGCCGCUGUGCCUCAACUUCCUGGGGCUCAUCCACAUGGACGCCACCAUCUCGCACAACGACAAAGAGCAGACGGCCUACACCUCGAUCAUGGGCUCCAUGCGAGUGCUGCCCAUUGUGGCCAACGGCUUCUACAUCUACUACCCCAUGCUCAUCCUCAUCUUAUGCAUCGCCACGUACUUCAGCCUGGGGACCCGCCUGCUCAACCUGCUGGGAUUCCAGCAGUUCAUGGGCGACAGCGAGCUGACGUCGGACCUAGUGGACGAGGGGAAGGAGCUGAUUCGCCGAGAGAAGCGAAAGCGGCAGAGGACUGAAGACGGCGAGAACCGUCGACGCGAGUGGAAGGAACGCUACGGGAACGCCAGAGAGGAACGCUUCGGGAACGCCAGGGAGGCGCGCGACGACCACGAAAUGAAGGAGACGGCCUACUCGGGUGACAAGAGAGCGCCAGCCAAGUAUUGCCGUUCGGCCGAUGGAGGGCGCGACCGCGUGGAGCUCCUCCAGGACCAAGAACCUAUGGACUUUAACGCCGACGACGCGCCGGAGCAGGAGGGCGGAAGGUUGGGGCCGGGCGGCCGCUACUUGUCCAUGUCGUCAUCUCGCAGUCGCAUUUUUGACGACGUCUAA